AAUAUAAAUACACAAAUAGAACACGCCCUUCUAAAAAAAAUAACAAGUAUUAGUAAGCUCAGCGCGGGCAAUAAAAUAUCUCAUGUGCACAUUUUUUAAUAUAAAAUAUAUAUGAAAUAAACUUAGUAUGGCUAUACAGGUGAAUGAAAGCGUUUGAUUUGCUGUUAUCGCUGUAGAAUGGUGAUAAGCGACAUGGCCCAAAUGGACUCUCCAGCUAUGCUUUGUGGGUAAAGUGCGCCCCGGUAUCCGCCCAUAUUCGCCAAAGGAGGCCAGGACCUGAGCAGCCAGACCGGACGCUGGAACAAAUGGAAAGUUCAAUCGAUUAAUUUGUUCACUUGUUUUGCGUGUUCUGGUACGAAGCAGACAGGUUUAAUGCGGGCCUUUGGUUGUGGACUGGGAAAUGCAGACAUCGUGUGAAACCAGAGGACGAUAAGCUUGACUCAUUUGGUCGCCACUUGAGACGCGGAACUCCAUUCGUUUAAAGGUGAAUCAUGACAGAAUAUAAGCUGGUUGUGGUGGGAGCUGGUGGCGUUGGCAAGAGUGCACUUACUAUUCAGCUCAUCCAGAACCAUUUUGUGGAUGAAUAUGACCCCACCAUUGAGGACUCUUACAGAAAGCAAGUGGUGAUUGAUGGGGAGACAUGUCUGCUGGACAUCCUGGACACUGCAGGUCAGGAGGAGUACAGCGCCAUGAGAGAUCAGUAUAUGAGAACAGGGGAGGGCUUUCUCUGUGUUUUUGCCAUCAACAACACCAAGUCCUUUGAGGACAUUCACCACUACAGAGAACAGAUAAAGCGGGUGAAGGACUCUGAGGACGUCCCAAUGGUGCUGGUGGGUAACAAGUGUGACCUCCCGUCCCGGACAGUGGACACCAAACAGGCUCAGGACUUAGCGCGCAGCUACGGCAUUCCCUUCAUUGAGACCUCAGCCAAAACCAGACAGAGAGUGGAAGAUGCCUUUUACACCCUGGUACGGGAGAUCAGGCAGUACCGCCUCAAUAAGCUCAGCAAGGAGGAAAAGACGCCACGCUGUGUCAAGCUUAAAAAGUGUGUUGUGAUGUGAAAGGGGGAGUGGAUGAUGCCUUUUACACGUUAGUUCGAGAAAUCCGCAAGCAUAAGGAGAAGAUGAGCAAGGAGGGCAAAAAAAAGAAAAAGAAGUCCAAGACAAAGUGUACAGUCAUGUGAAUAAUCAGUCCUUAUCCAGACAGACUUAAAACAAAGAAAAAACUAUGUUGAACAGAAAGUAAUAAAUUUUGUACAUUACACUAAAUUAUUAGCCUCUUUCUCAGUACCCACUGUAACAAAUACUAAACUUGACCCAGUUUGUCUGCCUUCAUAUUAUUUGCUACUUGGACACCAAUAAGCUUUAUUUUCUUUUGUGCCAGUUGCUCACAUGCAUUGGUUUGUCAGCCUUGUUUAGAUUUUGCUGGGUGGUGUUGAUUUUAGUUGAUUUUUUUUUUUUCUUCCCCCAAGUUGUUCUUAACUACAGUACAUCACAAUUCAUGCCUGACAAACUUUUCUGUGACGGUCCUUUGGCAAAAGGUUAUGUAAUGACCUUUCAAUUAUGUGAUGCCAAAGGGAAAAAAAAACAACCUCAUAUACAUAAUGAGUAAGAGUAAUCCAAGUGUAAUGACCUCAAGGAGAAAUGUUUGUCACUGAUAUGUAUGCAUGAAAUUCUUUACUCUUCUCCAAACGUUUUUAACAACUUUAAAUAGCUAUUCAUUCAUUUGUCACAUCUUUGUAUAGUGUGCAGAGCGAUCUCGCUUUGCCUACUUUUUUUUUUUUCUUGUGCCGUGCAUUGUGUGUCAGAUGACGUGUGUAGCAAACUGCCUCUGUUGAUGUGACUGUAGACCCAAGUCAACAACAGUCCAGUUGAUCAAGUCUUCAGUAAUGAAUGUUUGCCUUUUGAGAGUGAAAUCCACCAUUGUUUGUUCAUGACUAAUGAUACGACCCGUAAGACCAGUGCUGUUUGCAGGGAUUCACACGUCCACAGAAGAACACCGUGCUUCAUAUUUUCUGUAAUUCUUUAUGCUUUAAUGCAGGAUUCUGUGAUUCUUCUCACAAUGACAUGUUGACCUUUUUGUUACAGGUAGUGAAAGGCAGAGGUUACCCAUGUGUAGCACAGAAGGGCCUCACAGGCCUAAAGCAUGUCAGUGACGUGAAGUGACCAGGCAUGCUAGUGGCAGUCAAUAAGAUGUUUCCUUCUUAGGUGCUGUUUUUUUCAUAGGGUCUCUAAGCAGAUUUUUUUGUUUGGGAUUUUUUUUAGUAUUUAAUUUUUUCAAGUGUUGCGGUGAUGUAGAAGACUGCCUUUGGUCUGAAAUCAUCCAGCAGAAGAAUUGACAAAGUAGUCCAUCGUCUUAAUGAGGCACAAAUCGGCAAGAUUGCCUGAAAUGAUUAAAAGUCCAAACUUGCCUCUUGCUCUCUUUGUUAGAUCCCGGCUGAUUCCUCCUUAGGGAGGAACCUCACCUGACCUUCCAUUUGCAUUAGAUGCUUUGUGCAAGGUAUGAUCAGCCAAUUGUAGAUUGGCUGAAUGUGCUCAAAAAUACAGCGGAUGCUGUUAUGUACAUUCAUUAUGAAACAAUGUUUUUCUUCCAGAAUUGUUUUUGUUCAAGAAGUAGAGAACAGUAAAUACUGUACAAUUCCGAUGACGGACUUCUAAACACUUUUCUAAUCAGUGUUUCGCUGGUUAAAUGUGACGUCAGACGGUUAAGAGUUCUGACCACCAGGGGUCGCCCUACACAACAUUUUGGAAGGGGUGUUGAGUUUGUCUUUUACCAUGCCUGUUUAAAAACAAAAACAAAACGUUUUUUCAUCCCUAAUGCGUGCCAACUGUUGAUUUUCUCACCUCAAUCACUUAAACCGUGAGCGUAUUUUAGCAACCUUUGUAUAUUUGUCAUACUGAAAGGUGCAUAUUUUGUAAAUUGUGCUUCAUUUCAUUGGUGUGCGUGUGCGCGUGUCAAGAGAAUGUUGCUUUAAUGGAGUUUUUCUCGCUGUGUAUGACUAGUGUGUGACUGUAGCAAGGUUAGGGAAGUGAAUGAAAGGCCACUUUGCAACAUGUUCAGUGGUGAUCUGAUCUAAAUUGCGUCUUUUUUUUUGUGCCAUGAAUCCCACCACUCCUAUUUAAUGUGUAAUAAAGAACAACAUAAAAGGAC